CGAAACCGAAUCCCAACGGUGUCUCGCCCGGUACUGGAUAAAYAGAGUUGAUGAYCCGCUUGCCAAAGCUGUGGUUGGUUMCGGUUGCCUCUCUGYUGGUUGUUCUCCCGAUUGCCACGCCGCUGGCGACACCGAAAACCCAACAACUUCCUUCCCCGRCCAGYGAACCUUCCAUGGAGGAACGUCUGGACCCCGGGCGCGUCGAGCUCUUUUUCAAGAGCCCCUCGGAACUCGAGGACCGCGUCCGCUUUCUGCGGUCGUGYGGGGUCUCCUCCUUCAACCUUGUCAACAAGAACAAGAAGGACGACGUCGAAGGCUGGGUGGGUCUCGUCCGGGCCRCCUUCCCGGGGGCGAGCGUCUGYGCCCACUACUCCGUCAAGCACAACCGGCUUCCCCGAAAGGCACCGGCGGAACAAAGGGAGCCCUGGCUCCGAUCCCUCCGUGACUCGGACGCCGACGAGGUCCUCGUCGUCAGCGGGAGCGGCGAAAAGAAGGCCUGRAACACGGUAGAGGCCCUGGCRGCGGUGGGAAAGUCCMUUCCCGGCAACCGACCGAAGAUAGCGGUGGCGUACAACCCGUACUUUCCCUCCCGGUCCGACCAGGACUUGGAGGACCGCCGCCUGGCGGAAAAACUGGCCACCGGGUGCGUCUCGAAGGUGUACCUGCAGUUCGGGACCGACCCGCGUCGGCUCACGGAGGGCCUCGAAACCAUCCGGUCCGUGGCACGCASGACCCCGGGCCAAACGGACGUCGAGGUCGCCGGGUCGGUCUUUCUGCCCACCAAAAAGCUCAUUGCCCAGCAGAAGUUCCGCCCCUGGAACGGGGUCUUUCUGAGCGAGGCCUUUCUGAGCGGCCCGGGGGAAGCCAGCGCCAUCGUGUCCGAGACGAUCGAGAUCUACCGAGCCAACAACGUGGAGAUGCUGUGGGAGGCCCCCGGGAUCCGAACCGAGGCGGACAUGGCAGUGGUCAGGGAACUGCUGGGUGCUCAGAGUGGCGCAAAGCCACUCGAGGGAAGCAGCACGCACAACAAGAAAACACCAAAGGGUACGAGUACCGCUGSARCCGUCGGUGUUUCGAGGGAAARGAACAAAACAGCCACCAUUGGAUCGAGCGGCAAGGCGGAGGAUCGAAUYGGUAGGAAAUCCAAAAGGACAAGAGCAUGAUCCAGCGAAUAGGUUCAUGGGUUGGUUUCUGCAGGRACGUUCGCGUUAGUACCAGAGUUAUGCCGAAGCCACAACCAGUAUYAGCAAGUGUGCAACGCGAAACCAUCSAAGCGGCGAACCCAAUCGGUAGCAAAAUAGCAGAUUUACCAAAGAACGAUGAAAAUUUGGUUUCGGUCUCCACGGUAUCAUUAUAUUUGUAGUAGUAGUUAGAAACAGGAAGAGCUUGCAAGAAAGUGAGUCYAUUGUAGAACCAACCGUACUUCGUACUUCCAUAUAACAAUGGAGAUAUCCAUUCGAUGAUGAUGGCAGUGGUUUGGUGGGCCUCUGCUCUGUAAUAGUCGAUGGGAGCAGCAGAACAGUACGAGUACUACUCUGAUGGUGCCAUCCGCCACCUGGUAUCGGUACCGACGUUGGAAAUGUCCGCGGAUCAUUGUUUCAGUCGUGCACUGUAUGGCACGAUCUGGCCUUCCCUCUCGUCAUCAAAAUGACCCAAAUCGAGCAAGUGAUUACGUAUUCAGUACACACGCACAAAACCUUCAGUCGAGUAGAGCGACUACUGACUAACGAACCCUGUGUCUUGUCUUUGGUUUUCGAUCGAAGCAGAACAUACCAGUACUGUGCAGCACGUAACGCAACGUACGUACGUACCGCUCGUCAGGGGUCAUAAUUUAGACCCCUGCCCGCUCGUGAAGUUGGUUCGCGUAGUUUCGCUUCGCUUACAGAGGUAGGCAAAUAUCGUAGAGUAUGAAUCGUACGAGUCGGCAACGGUAGUACAAACAGGAGGGAAUACGGCCUCUCUCUUGCGAUUUGGACGAUCUUGCUCGGUUUGGUUUUAUGGCCUACCGCAUACCCAUCAUCUCCCGGCGUACGAUACGGUACGUAGCUUGUACGGUGCAGAACGAACAAACGAAGGCUGCAAAGCUCCAAACACACACCCUGCUGCUUCCCACGGAAACACCCCCGCCUCCCUCCGCGUUUUCCACCGCCCUGCACCGCACCGGAACAAUCGUGGAAACACCGUGGAAMCACCGCAGGCUAGACGCUCGGAGCAGAACAGAACCUGUUGUACCACCACCGCUGAAUCUCCGCCCACUGCGGUUCCGCAACCAAUCCCGCCCUGCCUCCCGCUCUGCCUACCUCGGGCCGGACCAUUCCCUUCACCAUUUCGCUCGACGACGAUCUUCGAGAGGCCGAGGAGGCCUUUUCCGCACUGCGGGUGCUCGACAAUCCGGAGGAGGACGAACCGAAAAAGAACGACGACAGCCACAACACUAUCGAGAACGAUAUCGAGAACGAGAACGGCAACGAGAACGGCAACGAGAACGAGAACGGAGAAGCCCGGGCCCAGGACUUUUACCCGAGCGAGGAAGAGCUGGCCUUCCUGCGGUCUCUGGAAGACAUCGAGCCGCAGCCGCUGGAAGACAUUCUUGCCCGCGAACACUUUGACCCCGACGGGAACCCCUACGAUAUUGGCGACGCUUCCGAUCCCCUGGCGUUUUUUGACUCGGRUCUCUUUGACUUUCUGGACGGCGAGAACGGCCUCUUGGACCUCGGCGGGGACACAGAACCGAGCGUGGUCUCCGUUUCGUCGUUCGAACACGGSGAAGAUUCUGSGGCGGAAGCGGCRACAGAAGCCGAUCCCACCGGCACCGCCGAUCGUCCGGGGGAAUCCCACGCCGGGCCACCGUCUCCGGGGGCGGCCGAGACCAAAAAGGACGACGGAAAGGACCACGACAAGGCCGGCGACGAGGUCCACCCUUCCACGCCAAACACUGCCGCCACAACGGCAGCGACCGCGGCGAGCCCGACCCUUGUKCCUCCCGAACCGGACGCGGACGCCCCCUCUCCCUCCGCCAAACCGGGGUCCGUCCUACCCGAGAUUGCGCUCGAUUUCGAGAACGAUCCCUUCUUGCUAGACCCGGGCGAGGACRUUGACGGCUCGUGCCUCGGCCUUUCGAAGGACCAGGAACUCCCCGGCGACGCCUGCGAGUGCUGCGCCGACGGAUCCCCUCCGCUCCCAACCAACACCGACGGUGACACCGACGGCACCCGGCAAGUCCAACAGGAAGACCCCGAGCAACGCCCKGCCGGGGAAGAAAUCUAUCCGAUCGAGGCAGGAGACGUCCUCGACCUAGAAACCGAGGASCUUCUCAAGGAACUGGCGCUCUUGUCGCUGCAAAACGGCGACGACACCGGCAACAACGGCCAGAAGAUUCUCGAGUCCCUCCUCGGAGUGGCCCCCCCUUCCGAGAACCGCAGCGCCCUCGACAAGCUGAUGGAGCCCACCUUUGACGACCUGAUGGGCAGAAACGGCGAAGCCCCUUUCUCCUACCUCUCCUGCCAGCCCUGCACACCCGGCGACGACGGGGAGGCGAUCGACGGGGCGAUUCGCUCCACCGAUGCCGCUGUGGGCAGCGAACCGGAGGGUGGUGCCGAAACCACCACCSAAGCCAAGCCGAUGGCGGGUCCGGAGGCGAGCGACACCCCUCUGGGGGCUUCCGAGGACCCCCCGCCGGYGAAGCUUCCGAGCGCUCUCGAGCUCCUGAUGGACCCCGCCAUGCAGCCCUAUGCGGGCGCCCUGCAGGACGCCAUGGCGGCUCCGGCCGUCGGGGGGRGCCAAGCAGAACCCCCCAAGCCCCCCAGCGCGAUGGACCUCCUGAUGGAUCCAUCGAUGGCACCCCUAGCGGUGGGGACGGACGGCCUUCCCGGGGCCUUUCUGUGCCAGCCCUGCACACCGGACGACUACGAGGGGAUCGCGAGUGCCAGGAGCCCCCGGACGGCCGCCACGAAUCCCAACGCCCGCCCCGGAGGCGGCCUCGUGCCGAUCGCCGAGGGCGGGGUCCUUUCGGACGCGGACGACUCGGGGGCAGUAGCGGACCCGCGCAACAGGGAGGAAUACCUCCGGGACCUAAAGGCCCUGUACGAGGCAUCGGCCGCCACCGAGCGGCACCCGCGCGAGGCACCCCCCGGCCCCGGCGGCGGCGAAACCGACGAGCUGGCGCCGCUGGAUCCCAUGGCCGCCGAGCAAGACUACUACUACUACCAGCAGCAACAGCAGCAAGAAGACCAACAACAACAGCACUACGAGGACUACCAGCGCAUUGCGGAGCAACUCCGGGACGAGCAGGCGGAGARGGAAUUCAUUGCGUCGUGGAACGAUGCGGUGCACUGUGCCGGGGCCUUUGGAAUCGAUCUGACCGACGAGGGAAACCACGCCGAAGGGCCGGACGACACCSGGGCCGGGCCCAAGAAACCCUCCAAAAAGGACCCSUCGAAGCAGGGCUACGCCCACAAGGAGGUCAUCUACGGGAUAUCCUUCAGCCCCGACGGAAAGUACGCGGCCACGGCCAGCCAGGAUUCCAUGGUCUGCAUAUGGGAGGUCGCRAAAAACCGAAUGGUCUCGACCCUCAAGGGGCACGACGUCAAGUACGAGUGCCUUCGGGUGGACUGGGCGAGUCGGGAGUGGGCGGAGGAGGUCCUGGAUCGAUCCUCGGGUUUUGCCAACCUCAUUGUCAGCGGCGGGGCCGACGGCAAGGUAAAAAUCUGGGGCUGCAAGGACGGGGAGGCCAGAGACAAGAACGGCCUGAAGACAAUCGGCAGCGAAUGGAAGUGCGAAUACACCCUGGACCACGCAAACCUGUUGACGCGGGGGAUCAAAGAGGAAGCACCGGACGAGRAAGAAGAUGUAGAUCCUGGCAAGGCGGAAGAGAUCAAGGAAGAGAGAGACAAACCCCAGGUCUAUGCCCUCCAAUUUAUUGAUGACUGGAAGGUGUUUACCAGAAACAUGGGCCAGCAACAACACUGUGCGCGACAUGCGGCACAGGAGGAAGAGAAGCAACCGGAACCGCAAAAGCCCGACGAACCGGACAAAAAUGCGUUCCUAAUGACCUCCUCCGACGAGUUCAUUCAUCUGUGGGAAAUAGUACCCCAUUCCUGGGACCAGCAGCUCGCCCUGGACGGCCAAAAGAUCCGUAUCUUGCAGGAAAAGAUGAAACUGAAGGAGGUCAUGAGCCUCCAUUUCGGGAACCUCGAUCAGUACAGCUACGGCGUGACGGCCUGCAGCAUCACGGGGGAGGGUCUGCAGCUGCCACCGCCCCCGGCGACGAGCAGCAAGGCCCCGGARGGAACGACCCCCUUUGGCGGCGAGGGGCGAAACCCCGACAACCAUGUUUUCGUGUUCGACGCUGCCUAUUCCCCGGGCAGCGGGCUCCUGGGCGUGGCACUCGCCGAUGGAAGCCUGCGGUUGGUCAACGGGAGGGGCAUGUGCAUCUCGGUSGUCAAUCUCCCCGGGAACCAGUCGCACCUGACCUCCUUUUGCUGGGACGCUACGGGGAACCGACUGGCCACCUGUGUCGGCACGGGGCAUCUCAUCACGUGGUCCCUGGAUCCCGAGAGCCACCAGGGGGGGAACCAGCACACCAUUGCCACGUGCACCGCUAUUUUCGAGGGGGGACACGAGCCCGGGCGACCCCUCUUUGGGACGUGUUUUUGCGGCGGGGACGAUGAAAACCUGUUGCUCUCGUGGGGAGUCGACGGGAAGCUCUGCRUGUGGUACUCGAAAGCCCGCGGAAACRUCUAUGAUCCCGUUGCCGUGCUAAGGGACGAUGAGAAGUACCCGAUCUUUGACGUAGAGAUCUCGCCUACCGGCMGGCACGCACUGAUUGCUGGUGGGAACGAGGGCGGAUUCAUUGGCGUUCCGCUCCAUUUCUACAAUCUCCCUCCCCGAGCCGAAGCCAAGGAAGACGAAAGAAACAUUGCCGUUGAUGGAAGCGACAAACCGGGGGUCGGUGAGAGCGACACGAAUCAAAAGGGGGUAACGAAGAACGAUUGAUAUCAUUACUGUUAUUUACUGUAAUAUCGUGAAUGCACGGAGCCUAUUUUCCGCRAGUUCUUGCGUCGUAAGAAAGCAAUCCUACUGUA